AAUAAUUUUUAUUGACAAAAACAAGAACUACCACUAUAUAUUCGUCAUAAUUUCAAGUUUUUAUUUGUUUAUUUCACAAAAUUAAAGCAUAAAAAUACAAAAAAACAAUGCAAGAAAAUUCCUCUGAACUCUAUGAAGAAGUUAAGCUUUUCCGCAAUGCUCGUGAACGUGAAAAAUACGAUAAUAUGGCUGAUUUAUAUGCCAUCAUUAAUACGCUGCAGCAAUUGGAAAAGGCUUACAUUCGAGAUUGUAUUACACCUCAAGAAUAUACAGCCGCUUGUUCGAAAUAUCUGGUACAAUAUAAAGUGGCCUUUAAACAGGUGCAGUGUGAUGAAUAUCCCACCGUUGAUACAUUCGUUAAGAAAUUCCGUUUAGAUUGUCCUGCUGCUCUGGAGCGUAUACGUGAAGAGCGUCCCAUUACCAUUAAAGAUGAUAAGGGCAACACUUCCAAAUGUAUUGCAGAUAUUGUUUCUUUGUUUAUUACCAUUAUGGACAAGUUGCGUCUUAAAAUGAAUACCAUGGAUGCUUUGCAUUUCGAUGUUAAAGAUUUGGCCGAUAAUAUGAAUCGUUUGUCAUUGAUACCCAAAGAUUUUGAAGCCAAACAAAAAGUGGAAACUUGGCUUUUAACUCUAAACGAUAUGCAGGCCUCCGAUGAACUGAACGACAAUCAAGUGCGUCAAUUUUUAUUUGAUUUAGAAUCAGCUUAUGCCGAUUUUACAAAACUUCUUCAUAGUCAGUAGAUGUUGCAUGAGUUGCAAAUGGUUUUGGAAAUUCUCGUUAUAAUAUUCAUACAUAAAGUAUUUUUUAAGCAUUAACUGUAGUUUCAAACAUAUUAUAUAUAUUAUACAUUUACAUAUAUGCGAAAAUAUAAAAAUCUUUAAUGUA